AUGUCGGAUCUUCAGGCUACCGUUGCCGAGACGCCCAAUGGCUUCCAUGUCCAGGGUUAUGAGAAAAUCGAAUACGACUUUACCUUCAUCGAUGGCGUCUUCGACAUGGGCAACAAGGCACUCGCCGACUGCUACGAGCGAUGGGGACGUUGCCUGGCCGUUAUGGAUCUGAACAUCUUCAAUUUGUAUGGCGAGAAGAUGCAAGCUUAUUUCGACCACUACGAUAUCGAUCUCGACGUCCAUAAGACCAUGAUUGGCGAGAAAGCUAAGUCAAUGGAUACGCUCCUGAGCAUCGUCGAUUCCAUGACCAAGUUCGGAAUUUUCAGAAAGGAACCGGUCUUGGUCAUUGGCGGUGGACUUGUUACCGAUGUUGCCGGGUUCGCAUGUGCCGCAUACCGCAGAAACACAAACUUUAUCCGUAUUCCAACAACCGUCAUUGGACUUAUCGAUGCUUCCGUAUCAAUCAAGGUGGCUGUCAAUUAUGGCAACUACAAGAAUCGCCUGGGAGCUUACCACGCGCCCAUGAAGACCUUCUUGGACUUCACCUUCCUCAAAACUUUGCCCGAGGCACAAAUCCGAAAUGGAUUCGCGGAGCUCAUCAAGAUCUCAACUUGUGCUCACCUGCCCACGUUUGAGUUGCUCGAGAAGUACUGUACCGAGCUCAUUCAGACGGGUUUCGGACGCACCAAUGAUGCUCCUGCCGAGGUUCGAAAGGCAGCUGACACGAUCAACAAGGCCGGCAUCUACGAGAUGUUGAAGCUCGAGACGCCGAACUUGCACGAGAUUGGUCUGGAUCGUGUUAUUGCUUAUGGUCACACGUGGUCACCACUGCACGAACUGGUUCCCGAAAUACCACUCCGCCACGGCCAUGCGAUCUCUAUCGACAUGGCGUACUCUGCCACUCUUGCAAACAUUCGAGGAAUUCUCAGCGACGCCGAUCACAAGAGAAUCCUCGACCUGUUUUCGACUGCCGGUCUCUCCAUGGACCACCAUCAAUUCAACGAAGAGAUUCUCGAUAAAGGUACCAAGGCUAUCCUCCGUACACGAGAUGGCCUUCUUCGCGCUGCUGUACCUAGCCCGCUCGGCUCAUGCAUCUUCCUCAACGACGUAUCUAUGGACGAGAUGUACGAUGCACUAAAGGCCCACAAGAAGCUCAUGAAGCAGUAUCCUCGUAACGGAGAGGGUCUUGAAGCCUUCGUCGACUCGAGCGACACCGGUUACACGCUCAACAAUCAGCCAGUCGAGAUUAACGGUGUGUCCAAUGGCCUGAGGAAGCUUAACGUUCUGAACGAUGAUUCUACACGCAACGGUGUGGAGUCCAACGGCACAGAUGUGUCCAAGAAGCAUGCAUCUCGCCUUGAGCGUGUAGAUGGGCUGCAGAAGUCGGUCAACGGUACAAAUGGUCAGACCAAUGGCGUAACAAAUGGCACGAAUGGUCAUAGCAACGGAGUAACGAAUGGUGUCAACGGUCAUCAGUGA